AUGCAGAGCCUGCUGAGCAACCAGGCUCUGGCCAUUGCUGCCCUGGAGGAUCUACCGGUGUUGCUGUUCCCUUCGCUGUUCGUGGAGGUCUAUGCCAGGGCCCACACAGAGGUGCUGAAGGCCCUGGUGCAGGCCUGGCCCUUCUCCUGCCUCCCCCUGGGGGACCUGGCAGAGUCUCCAGACCUGGAAACCUUCAACGCUGUCCUGGAUGGGCUCGAUCUGCUACUUGCCAAGAAGGAGCGCCCCAAUGUCCUGACUGACAGGCCAACAGAGAGCUGUAGUUUGUUGAUAACUGAAGAGCAGCCCUUGAUUAUACACAAGAACCUGACCAUCAAAGAUGGCUCCCAGAAUGCUCUCCAAGCCUACCUGCUCCAGUGGGCCAGGGAGAAGCAAGAAAGAGUCCAACUCUGCUCAAGGAAGCUGCAGAUUCAUUCCAAUUCCAUCUACAUAAUCCAGAAGGCUCUCCUUACAGUGCAGCUGGACUCUAUCCAGGAACUAAAGGUAAAUAAAUUCUGGCAUCGAGAAACCAUGAAAAAAUUUGCUCCUUACCUGAGCCAGAUGAAGAACCUUCGCAUCCUCAAAUUCUCCAGGAUGAGUGCCAACUUCAACACUUCCAGACACAAGAAUUUCUCAUAUUCCUGCAAAUACGCUGUACAUCUGGGACAGCUGCAGCAUCUGCAGGAGCUGUAUGUGCAUGACGUCUUCUUCCUUUAUGGACAGCUGCCCACCAUCCUCAGGAACCUCACCCUUUUGAAGACCUUGUCUCUGAGUUCGUGUCCACUGAAGGAGGCUGACUUGUGGUUCCUGUCCCAGUGGCCCUGCUCCAGGCAGCUCAAGCACCUGCGUCUGAGGAGUUUGCCCCUGGACAACUUCAGUCCUGAGCCCCUGAGAGUCCUACUGGAGCACGCGGCCGGCACCCUGGAGACCCUGGCCCUGGAGGACUGUGCCAUCACGGAUCCCCAGCUCUUGUGCAUCCUGCCCACCCUGAGCCUGUGCUCCCAGCUCUGCGUCUUCAGUUUCUAUGGAAACCACAUCUCCAUGUCUGCCAUGCAGAGCCUCCUGAGCCACAUAGCCAGGCUGCCUCAUUUGAGACGAGGGCUCUACCCUGCCCCUCUGGAGAGCUACCACCCUCAAGGCUGUAGGGUUGGGAACUUUGACUCUCAGAGAUUUGCCCAGGUUCAGGCUAGGUUGGCACAGGCAUUGAGAGACAUGGGGACUACUCAGAAGGCCCAGAUCUGUACCAAUUUCUCUCAUCGUCACAAAACAUGCCAAUUCUAUACCCUGGGGCCCGAAGGCAACUGGGUGGUCACCAUGGAGCGUCUUCCUGGCCUUUCUGCUCUGCCUCUGUAG